AUGGCCAAGCUAUCCGUAAUUCUGCUUUUCCGCAGCCUUUUACUUUGCGGUGCGCUCACGGUCUCACGGCAUGCUACGCUAGUGACUGAGCGAGAAGUCCAAUCCAGCAAAUACGACUUUAUUGUGGUUGGAGGUGGUGUAUCUGGGCUCACCGUGGCCGAUCGUCUGACAGAGAUUCCAGAUGUGAGCGUUCUCGUCAUUGAAGCAGGACCGGUUGAUCGUGGUGAAGAUUUUGUCUACGUGCCCGGGUCAUACGAGCGUGAUCCGUAUAUCUGGCCUGGCUUAACGAAUGAACCAUCCGCAGAGUUGAACAAUCGAGUCUUUGACUCCGUUGUCGCUAGGGUGGCCGGAGGUGGCAGCAUAGUGAAUGCAAUGAUCUUCCUGAGAGGAACUGCGUUGGACUUCGACGGCUGGGAAUCACUUGGAAAUCAUGGAUGGGGGUGGGAGGGCAUGUUGCCAUACUUCAUCAAGAGUGAGAACUUUACCAGGCCAACCCCAGAACUUGCCCACGAAGGAAAUAUUACCUGGGAUGAUUCUGUUCGGGGCCAUGAUGGGCCCGUCCGAUAUUCAUAUCCAAACUACAUCUAUCCCGGACUAGGCCGGCUUUACGAAGCCGCUCUUCAUAUUGGCAUACAACCAAGACUAGACCCCAACGGGGGACAAAACACAGGUGUCUUCAACCAGCCGUUCGCUAUAGAUGCAGCUACAUGGACCAGAAGUUCUGCCAGACGAAACCACUACGACCCAGCUGUCAGCCGUCCCAACUAUCAUUUCCUCUCAGACACUACCGUGGCGCGGGUUAUCUUCGAUGGAACGCGAGCCGUUGGUGUCGAAUAUCUCCCUAGCAGAGGCGGCGGUAUAUCCACUGCAUUCGCCGCGAAGGAAGUCCUUGUCGCUGCUGGUGCUCUCCACACACCACAGGUUCUCCAACUCUCCGGAGUCGGACCGCGUGACUUGCUUGAGGCGCUCAACAUCCCAAUUAUCUCCGACUUACCUGGAGUUGGGUCUAAUCUGCAGGACCAGACGACAUUCCCGUUCGUGUAUACAUGGGACAGUGCCGUCACCCCAAACGUCACCACUUUCCUCACAAACACCACUUGGGCAACGGAGCAGCGCGUGCUAUACGACCAACACCUCCCAAGCGUAUGGACUCUCACUAGGCCACUUGCCCCCAAAUUCGCGUUCCUAUCGUACGAGGACGCGACCGCAAACACCGCAUACGCAAGCAUACUCGACGACGCCCAAGCCCGUGAUCCAGCAGACUCCUUACCCGGAGACAUUCAUCCCACUGUUCUUGCAGGCUACGCCGUCCAAAGGCAAAUAAUGUUUAAUGAAUUUCGCGAUGCUGGACUGGCAGUUGGAGGCAUGUCGUGGGACACUGAUGCAAACGUGCAAGUCUUCAACGUGAAGCCCUUCAGCCGUGGGUACGUUUAUAUCAACCAGACAGACCCGCUCGCCAAUCCAGUGAUCGAUUUCCGCACGGCGUCCGACCCGACGGACUUCCAGCUGCAUAUAGCUCUCCUCCAUAAACAGCGCGAACUGUUCAAUGCACCGUCUCUGGCGGCUCUUGGUCCGACGGAGGUGGUGCCUGGUCCCGCAGUACAGACUGAUGAGGACAUAAUUAAAUUAAUGAGGGAGAUCUUGCAGCCUUCGAAUGGGCAUCAAUGCUGCUCAGCGCCCAUGAUGCCGCGAGAACUCGGUGGUGUACUCUCGCCUGAGAUGAAAGUGUACGGUACUACUGGAUUACGUGUCAUUGAUAUCAGUCACUGGCCGAAGGAACUCUCUGGUCCGCCCAUGGCAUCUAUUUAUGCAGCUGGAGAGAAGGCUGCGGAUAUCAUUAAGGGUGAGCAUGGCUGGCUGGGUAACUAA